AUGUCAUUCAGACACCAUAUUGCCUUUGGGGUAUUUAUAUGCGAAAAGGUUGAUGAGAGCGGUACGUCGGGCCCUUAUAAUGCGUCUGUAGGCUCGCACACGCUGGAUGAGGGGAAAGCCAAUACCCAUCUAGUCGGGGGGAGUGUUUCUUCGCAAGACCAGGUUGGUCAGUCCGUUAGCGUCCUCGUGAGUCUUGUUAUUAUAUCGCCUACAGUAACGCAUACCGAUACCUUAUCUGCACUCCCGGGUAGAAUGAUAGCGCCUGGUCUCCCAGAGAUAGCUCACGCAUUCGGUAUUACAAACUCAACAGUAGCAGCUCUCACUCUGAGUAUAUUCAUCCUCGCAUACGCUAUUGGUCCUCUUUUUGUUACACCGCUUUCGGAAGUUUACGGUCGUAGUUGGCCACUGCAUCUUUCCAACAUCUUCUUUUUGGUAUUUAACCUGGCCUGCGCCUGGGCUCCCGAUACCGCCUCACUUAUUGUUUUCCGUUUCUUUGCUGGAAUAGGAGGAUCUGCGCCUCUCACAAUCGGCGCAGGUUCCAUAGCGGAUCUAUUUCACGAACGAGACCGGGCGGUUGCCAUGUCGCUCUUUUCUCUAGGUCCCCUUAUGGGUCCAAUUAUUGGUCCGAUUGCAGGGGGAUUUAUCACCCAGAAUGUUGGAUAUCCGUGGGUAUUCAAAAUCAUCUCAAUUGUAGCCGGUAUCGCGACCAUUUUUGGGAUUCCUUUACUGCAAGAGACAUACGCGCCUGUCUUGAAGCGGCGGUAUGGAUAUCAAGAUUCGGGCCCAAGUGGCUCCUUAGGCGAGGUUCUCUCAGAGAACCUUCGUCGGCCACUGCGGUUAUUGAUGAGAAGCAUGAUCUGCUUCUCACUGAGUCUAUACAUGGCUAUAAUUUAUGGACUUCUUUAUCUUAUGUUUGUCACCUUUCCGACGCUGUUUGCUAGCGUCUACGGCUGGGGCCCGGGAAUUGCUGGGCUAGCAUACCUUGGGCUUGGCAUCGGGUUUAUGUUCGCGGCAGUGAUAGGCUCACGGUUAAUGAAUACCCUGUACCUGAAACUUUCUGAAAGAAACGGGGGUCAAGGUAAACCAGAGUACCGUAUACCACCGAUGCUUUUUGGAACUGUACUCAUAGUUAUUGGGUUGUUUUGGUAUGGAUGGACGGCCCACGUCAAGGCUCACUACAUAUUGCCCAUUAUCGGGUCGGGAAUCUUUGGCGCUGGAAUGAUGUUCUGUUUCAUGCCGAUUCAAUUAUAUCUGGUCGAUUCCUUCACAUAUGCUGCCAGUGCCAUUGCGGCUGCAACGUUUCUCCGUUCCUUAUUUGGUUUUGCAUUUCCACUUUUUGGGAUUGCGAUCGUGGUUGGGGUACCAUUCCCAAUGUGGAUCUACUUCAAGGGAGAACAAAUGAGAGCACGCAAUCCUCUCAACCGAUAG